AUGGUGGUGCUGGAUGCCAAGUUGUCUACUCUUGUUUUUUGGCCUGAAAGAGAACAGUUAUGGAACACAAUGCCAGUUUGUUUUCAGUAUGCUUUCGGAAAGAAAGUCACUGUGGUAAUCGAUUGUUUUGAGCUGUUUAUUGAACGUCCAUCAAACUUCUUUGCAAGGGCCCAAACAUUCUCCUCAUAUAAGCACCACAACACUAUAAAAAUACUCAUUGGUAUUUCCCCUCAAGGAAGCAUAUGUUUUGUGUCAGAAGCGUGGCGAGGCCGCUCUUCUGAUAAGUAUUUGACUGAAAAUUGUGGAUUUUUGAAACAUUUAUUACCUGGGGACAUGGUAAUGGCGGACAGAGGAUUCACCAUUGCAGAGAGUGUCGGCCUAAAACAAGCAAAGUUGGUGAUUCCAGCAUUCACGAAAGGAAAAUCCCAGCUCGACCCUGUGGAUGUGGAAAAAACAAGGGGAAUUGCAAAUGUGCGCAUCCAUGUGGAGCGAGUGAUCGGAUUGUUACGACGCAAGUACACUAUUUUAGAAGGAGCACUACCAACUGAUUUCCUUAAUUCUGCAAAUGGAGAUGUUCCAAUGAUUGACCGUAUUCUGAGGGUUUGUGCUGCACUAGUGAAUUUAUGCCCUCCUAUAAUACCAUUUGACUAG